UUAGGAACCGAGACACCGCUCCUUGAUCCGUCUGCAGGUGUGGGCGGGAUGACAUGCCGUCCCUGUCAUCUGGACACACCCCCGGGAUCAAUCCUUCCUCGUCGGUGAUUGGCCGCCGGAACUGUAGCUCAAGAGAGGCACACAGGCGGCCAAUCACCGGCGAGGAGGUGGAGCUUGGAAAGGAGGAGCCGAGCGGCACCGCGAAGCACGAGCGAGUGAAGAGGAGGAAAGCGGCCGGAGAAGGAAGACAUCUGACCGAGGGAGGGAGCGAGCCCAGGCUGGAGCAGGGGUCAGCAAGGUAAGUAUCAUUGGUGUCAGUGGGAGGAAUAGUGCCCAAUCAUUGGUGUCAGUGGGAGGAAUAGUGCCCCAUCAUUGGUGUCAGUGGGAGGAAUAGUGCCCCAUCGUUGGUGUCAGUGGGAGGAAUAGUGCCCAAUCAUUGGUGUCAGUGGGAGGAAUAGUGCCCCAUCAUUGGUGUCAGUGGGAGGAAUAGUGCCCCAUCAUUGGUGUCAGUGGGAGGAAUAGUGCCCCAUCGUUGGUGUCAGUGGGAGGAAUAGUGCCCAAUCAUUGGUGUCACUAUUACCAAUGAUGGGGCACUAUU